AUGUAGAUAAAACGAGGUUCUGACAACUUGAAUAAAAUAAACAGCUAUCAUGGCGAGAAUGAAGAUGAAGAAGAUUGCUAAUACUAAUUCUUUGUGAUUUCGGAAUUCCCUGGUUUUGAGGCUGAUGAAAAUUUUAAUCUUAUGUAAAAUUAGGACGAUUAAGACUUUUUUUUAUUGAAUGAUUCGAACCUAAUUAAUUAGGAUAUAGGCAGAAAAAUUAAUUAAGAUGACUAUCCUUUAAAGAUUAAUGAAUUUUCUCAACAAAAAAUACAUAAGAAUUUUGAUCUCUAUAGGCAUCCCAAAAUAUAUAAUGCCUUCAAAAAUGCCCCAAAAAUCAAAAGUAAAAUUUGGAAAUAGAAAAUAUCUCGUAGAACUAAAAUGAAGACAGAAUGA